UUACAUUUCAUCAGAGGGGAAGAUAUGGAAGAAUGUCUCAUUCUAAGACAAAAUUUUAUAUGUUUUCCUGGAAAAUAAUUAAUUGGAAUAGUUUAAAAGAUGAGAUGAAUGAAUAAUUGAUAUAUUUCUGCCAAUAGAAUAGCAAUUUAAAAGUAAAUUUGGAAAGAUGAGGAGUCGGAGUAAUUCGGGUGCUCGUCUGGAUUAUUAUCAGCGUUUGGUCCAUCGUACUAUAUUGGAUCAUCAGAAUCCAGUGACAGGUUUGAUAAGAUCAACAUCAAGAAAUGAUCAUGCUUGGGUUCGCGACAGCGUUUAUUCAGUUAUGGCUGUUUGGGCCUUAUCCAUGGCCUACAAGAAAAAUGCAGAUUUAGAUGAAGACAGAGCCAAAACUUAUGAGCUUGAACAGAGCUGUGUGAAAUUGAUGAGAGGGUUAUUGAUGUCCAUGAUGAAACAGAAGGAAAAACUGGAGAGUUUCAAGGAGACUCAGAACAAGAUGGAUUCCCUGCAUGCCAAGUACAGCUCAGAGACGGGGGCCACCGUGGAGUCUGACAGUGGUUGGGGACACCUGCAGUUGGAUGCCACAUCCCUUUAUCUGCUCACCCUUGCUCAGAUGACAGCAUCAGGCUUACAGAUAAUCUUCAACUUAGAUGAAGUGGCAUUCAUACAAAACUUAGUAUUUUAUAUAGAGUCUGCAUACUGUAUACCAGAUUAUGGUAUAUGGGAAAGAGGUGAUAAGACUAAUCAUGGACUUCCAGAAUUGAAUGCAAGUUCCAUUGGAAUGGCAAAAGCUGCUCUGGAAGCAAUGAAUGAAUUGGAUUUAUUUGGAGGGCGAGGUGGUCCUUCCUCCGUAAUACACGUCCUUGCUGAUGAAGCUCAAAAAUGCCAUGCUGUACUGCAGUCCAUGUUACCACGUGAAUCCAAUUCAAAGGAGGUGGAUGCUGCAUUAUUAUCUGUGAUUGGAUUUCCAGCAUUUGCUGUUGAAAACCCUGACCUCAUUAAGCUCACUAAAGAUACCAUUGAAGAAAAGUUACGAGGAAGAUAUGGCUGUCGAAGGUUUUUGAGAGAUGGUUUCAGGACUGCCAAAGAAGAUUCCAAACGGCUCUACUAUGAACCGUGGGAACUGAAAGUGUUUGAAAACAUUGAAUGCGAGUGGCCUUUAUUCUUCUGUUACUACAUCAUCGAUGCCUGCUUUCGAGGAGAUCGGGAGACUGUCGAAGAGUUUUCAGAUGCUUUAGACAGUCUAUUAAUAAAAGAAAAUGGGCUCAAGUUGGUUCCAGAAUUGUACAGCGUUCCAGCUGAAACAGUUGAUCUAGAAUAUCUGAAUCCUCAUAGUCAAGAAAGGGUAGCUAUUGGUCAAAAACCUUUCAUUUGGGCCCAGUCUCUGUAUAUUGUUGGUAGACUUCUACAAGAGGUAAGGUUUCUUGCUCCUGGUGAAUUAGAUCCAUUAAACAGGCGCCUGAGCUCUGAGCAAAAGCCUGAUGUUGUUGUUCAAGUCGUGAUCUUGGCCGAAGACCAGUAUGUCAAAGAAAAAUUAAAAAACCAUGACAUACUUGUGCAGACCAUAUCUGAGGUGUCCCCGAUAGAGGUGCAACCGGCCCGUGUACUAAGUCAUCUGUAUUCUUAUUUAGGGCGAAACCAAAAGCUGGGCCUCUCAGGGAGGUAUUCGAGAGAAGUUGGAUUGCUCAGCACCAGCAAAUUGUAUACUUUGCAAGAUCGUAUGUUUGCCUUUACACCUCAGUUUGUCGAUCAGCAAAGAUUUUAUCUGGCCUCCGAUACAGAUCUCCUGAUCGACACGUUCAAGACGGAAAUAGCGUUUUUGAAGACCAGUUGGCACAUGCUGGGCCGCCCCACCGUGGUUUUAAAUUUGCAGAAAUCACUCAUAGAGCAUGAAAAGGUUCCUCUUGCUAUGAUCUCAACGAUAAAAAAAUUGAAAAGUGGAUACAUCAAUGGAACAAGGGUGGCCCUGGGUACACUGGAAGAUUUUCAUAGUACUUCCUGCAUAACAAGCCUGAGUUUUUUGCACAAUCAAGAAGAAGGAGAUCCAGAAAGUCUCAACUUGAGUGUUCGAGAGUAUCUGGAGAAGGAAUUAAAUAAAAUCUUCUUGAGGCUGCCUCUCCCUUAUGGCCAAACAUCUGCCAAGAGGAAAAAGAGUUCCAUGAGGUCUCGCCGCUCUGGGGUCAGCGGGAUAAUCAAACGCACCCGAUCCAUCAUGGUGGAUAAAUAUGAUCCUGACCUGGUGAACCUCCGCGAGCGCUACGACAAGAUCCACAGUCCACCCCCUGUCUCCCCAGGCCUGGAAGCCCCCUAUGCCAGGUCCGAAUCUCCUUACUCUUCUCCCACGGAAUCCGCGGGUCGGACCCCUUCCCCUUCCGCGGAGCCGGAAGAGGAAGAGAACUGGACUUCUGGGACCAGGAUCCGAACCGUGUCCGAUCGCCAGUUCGACAACGUCAACGACCAGGACCUGGUCAUCAUGUUCAAGGAGACAGAGUCCCUGGAAGAGCAAGGAGAUAUCCUGCACUACUUGGUCGGAAACAGAGGUGUAAAUUGGGACACAGGCCUUGGAGGUGAUCAAGACGUGGUUACAAUAAAGGAUCUCUUAAAAGACCUCUAUGAAAAGGCUUGCCACGAGAAAAAAUGGGCUCUGGUUCGACACAUUGCUGGAAUGUUGGGCAAAAAAGUGGAAGACUUGGCAAAAGCUGUCACUGACCUUCUUGUUCGGCAGAAACAAGUAACUAUUGGUAUGCCUUCAACUCAUGAAGAAACCAUUACCAGGCCCAUUCCUUCCAAAGAUUUGAUUGCCAUCAUUCACACUGCUCAUGGCAGUGAUCAAAGUACUGCAAUGCUCACGCAAGAACUUUUGGUGUAUUUAGCAAUGUUUAUAAGAACAGAACCACAGCUGUUUAUGGAAAUGCUGCGCCUGCGAGUUGGACUCAUCAUUCAGGUCAUGGCUUCUGAGUUAGCUCGUUCGUUGAAGUGUUCAGGCGAUGAAGCCUCUGAACAUUUAUUAAACUUAAGUCCAUUUGAAGUGAAAAUGCUUUUGCACCACAUUCUGAGUGGCAAAGAAUUUGUUGUAAAGAGCGAGUUGAGGAACAGACAUUUUUAUGCUCGCAGUGGAGUUGUAUCUGUCGCUAAUCCAAGUAAAGUCCAGAGCAAGAAGAGUGUCGUGGACAUAAUUCUCGGGAGAGAGGGACAAGCAGACGAAAGCAACUUCGAAAGCGAUCGCCAAGGUCAGUGGCUGAGGAGGCGGAGACUGGACGGUGCUUUGAAUCGUGUGCCCAGGGGAUUUUACCCCAGAAUUUGGUCCGUUUUGGAAAGAUGCCAAGGACUUUCUGUUGAAGGCAAAAUUUUACAACAACAACUUACCAAAGAAAUGACCCCCGGGGAGUUGAAGUUUGCCUUGGAAGUGGAGACUGUGCUCAACAGCAUCCCCCAGCCAGAGUACCGACAGCUGAUGGUGGAAGCACUGAUGGUGCUCACUCUCCUGGUGGAAUAUGAUGCCGUGAAGACACUCGGGGGAAUCAUCAAUGUAGAACACUUAGUGCAUAAAGCCAAUCACAUAUUUCUUGAGGAUCAGAAACAAGUUAAUGGAGAUGCAACAUUGUGCUGUGCAGCAAUAAACAUAAACGAGAACCCCUGUGGGGGUGCGGCUGGUAUCUGCCAGCAUUUCUAUGACAGCGCCCCGAGUGGCUGUUUUGGAACUAUGACCUAUCUCAUCCGAUCCGUGGCGGGGACGAUGGAUUGCUUGCCCAAGCAAGAGCUGGACUGCACCAUCAGUUAAUUUAUUUCCAUAUCUCAUGAAGUUCCCAGAAGCUUUGAUCAUUUUUUGUUGUUGUGAAAUUCCUGUAAUGAAAAUGUAUUUAAAUCACCCAUAAAUUAAAAAAUGGAAUAUUUCUUU